AUGAAUUCAAAUCCAACAACUAAAACUUCUAUAAUACCAGGGCAAAAGACUCAAGAGAUCUCAAAAAAUUGGGAAUUAGAUCCAGAGCAUGAAUUUCGUUUUGAAGUUGAUUUUAAUACAACUGUAAAAUUAAAGUUACUUUCAGGUACGGCAGAGAUAUAUGGAACAGAAAUUGCUGUGGGUCUAGAAUAUGAAUUUACAGGAUCUUGCAGUGUUGAGUAUGUGGCAAAUGAAACUCCAAUGAUCAGUUAUCUCAAUUUGCAUAUAGCUCUUGAACAAUGCAGAGAAGAAGCUAAAGAGAAAAAUGAACAGGGUCCAAGAGUAUUAGGACCAGAAGAUGUAGGCAAAACUUCUUUAAGUAAAAUUUUGCUUAGUUAUGCUUUUCGUCUUGGAAGACAACCUAUAUAUGUAGAUUUGGAUGGCUCCAUUACAAUGCCUGGCACCCUGUCUGCUACUCCGAUAACUCAUCUCUUAGAUGUUGAAGAAGGUUUUGGUUCAUCAUCAACAACUGCUCCAACUAUAGGCUCAUCGAUGAUUCCAAUUGUUUAUUACUAUGGAUAUCCUGAUCCCGGUGAAAAUGUAAAACUCUAUAAAGUAUUAACCUCCAAAUUAGCCAAUUCUAUUAAAAAACGCCUUGAAAAAGAUGAAUAUGCUAGAAUUUCUGGUUUGGUUAUCGAUACUAAUGGUCUUAUAGAUAAUACUGGUUACGAUAUUAUUCAACAUUGUGUAGAUGCGUUUGAUGUGAAUAUAAUUAUCGUGCUUGGUCAUGAACGAUUAUAUAGUGAUAUGGCAAGAUUAUAUAGUGAUCAUUCCAAGAUACAUGUUUUAAAGCUUGCAAAAUCAGGAGGUGUUGUUUAUCAAGAUAAAGGAUUUCGUCGUCAAGUACAAAUGCGUAAAAUUCGUGAAUACUUUUAUGGAUUACCUAAAGUUGAAUUAUCACCUUGUUCAACCUUAAUUAAUUUAAAUGAUGUCACAAUAUUUCGUGUUGGAGUUGGUUCACUUGCUCCACCUUCUGCCCUUCCGAUCGGAUUUGAUAGAAGAGUUAGUGAAACUCAAUUAGUAAAGGUCGAACCGGACGAUACUUUACGACAUUCAAUUCUGGCCAUUACUGCAUCCAAUUCUUCUGAUGAAAUUGAAAUUCUUGAAUCAAGCAUCAUUGGGUUCAUAUAUGCAGAAGAAGACGUUGGAAGAAAAAGAGUUCCUAGACAAAGAAAAAUUAUUGAUGGAAUCCAAAAAUCCAGAGAUAACUUUGCUGUCCAAUUCGCUAUAACAGAACUUGAUAAUACAAUAUCGAAUACUCAACAAAAUAAUAAUCAGUCUGUAACUAAUGAAUUGGAUACAUUGGAAAAAUCAUUUUCUCUGAAAUAUUCAGUGGCGUUUUAUAACCCUCUUUUGAUAAAUCGUAUCAGAGAAAUAAAAUCUCUUGAAAUUGGAACACUGAUUGCUAUCUGUGGUACUGUUACCAGAACAAGUGAAGUUCGUCCUGAAUUACUUUUCGGAAAUUUUACUUGUCCUGAAUGCAAAACUGAAGUAACGAAUGUAGAACAACAGUUUCGCUAUACAGAGCCUUCACUAUGUAAAACACCAACUUGUUCCAACAGAAACAAAUGGAUACUUAACAUUGAUAAAUCUGACUUCACUGAUUGGCAACGAAUCCGUAUUCAAGAAAAUCCAAAUGAAAUACCCACUGGUGAAAUGGUUGAUCGAGCAAAACCUGGUAAUAAGUGUGUAUUUGUUGGAACUCCAUUAGCAAUCCCAGAUAUUAAUCAACUUGGUGUUCCAGGUUCUGGAACAGAGAUUGAACGUAACAAUCAUAAUGUUCAUUCAAAGAUGUUUGAUGGUAUUGCUAGCGAAGGUGUUACUGGUAUAAAAGCGCUUGGCGCUAGAGACUUAUCUUAUAAAAUAUCGUUUUUAGCUUGUAAUGUAUAUUUAUUUGAUGCAAAGUUUGACAAUUUUAUUUUGGGAAAAGUUGAUAAUGACACAAUUGAAGAAGAGUCUAGAGGUAUCACUGAGAUUUUUACUGCAGAUGAAAUGUCACAAUUGGAAACAAUGGGCAAAGAUAAUGAUAUUGUUAAUAAACUAGUUCAAAGUAUUGCUCCGACAGUAUUUGGUCAUGAAAUUAUAAAGAAAGGAAUUUUACUUCAAUUAUUAGGUGGUGUUCAUAAGGUAACUCCAGAGGGCAUUAAUCUUCGUGGAGAUAUAAACAUUUGUAUUGUUGGUGAUCCUAGCACUAGUAAAAGUCAAUUUCUCAAAUAUGCCCAAACAAUGAGUCCACGAUCUGUUUACACAUCAGGUAAAUCAUCUACAGCGGCUGGCUUAACAGCAGCUGUUGUAAAAGAUGAAGAAUCAGGUGAUUUUACUAUAGAAGCUGUAGCUAUUCAUGAAGCUAUGGAACAGCAAACUAUUUCAAUUGCGAAAGCUGGUAUUCAUGCAUCAUUGAAUGCUCGUACUUCAAUAUUAGCAGCUGCAAAUCCAAUUGGUGGUCGCUAUAAUAGGAGAUUAACAUUAAGACAAAAUAUUGCAAUGUCGGCUCCUAUUAUGUCGCGAUUCGAUCUGUUUUUUGUGGUGAUCGAUGAGUGUAAACCAAAUGUAGAUAAUAUGAUAGCAAAUCAUAUUAUAAAAACACAUCGAUACGGUGAUGAUGCUAUUAACCCAUGUUUUACCACUACCCAACUACAACAAUAUAUAAAAUAUGCAAAAGGAUUAAAGCCUCAGAUUUCACAUGAAGCAGGAAAAUUACUCGUUAAAAGAUAUAAAGAAUUGAGAACUGAUGAUGCUUCAGGUGUAAAUCAAAAUUCAUAUCGUAUCACUGUUCGCCAAUUGGAAAGUAUGAUCCGUUUAUCUGAAGCUAUUGCAAAAGCUCAUUGUGCUGAAGAGAUAUCACCUGAAUAUGUGGAUGAAGCUUAUAAUCUACUUAAAGAAUCCAUAAUUCAUAUUUAUCAUGAUGAUUUGGUUUUGGAAUACUUUGAAACAGAUGAUAUUGAUAACACGCAAAGAACUAUAAUGUCAACUCAAAAUGAUAGCGUCAUGGAUUUAGAUGUAGACACUACUAACAAUGAUGAAUUGAUGAUGUCAAGAGGUGAAUCAUCAUCUUCUGUUGUUACAAGAAGACAGUUGAGUGUUUCACAUAGAGAAUACACACAAACCCGAGAUAUGAUAAUCGCAAAGAUACGCAGUUUUGAUACUAAAUCUUGUACAGAACAAGAUUUAUUUCAAUGGUAUUUAGAGUAUCGACAAGAGAAAGCGGCAAUUAAUUCCGCGGAAGGAAUAGCGUUGGAAGAAAAAAAAAUCAAAUGUUUUAUUCAAAAAAUGGAAAAAGAAAAUUGGAUUAUUAAAAUCCCAAUACUAGAAGAUGACGAAGAUGAACAAAUGCAAGAUAACGUGAUCGAAAAUCCAACAAUAAAAUAUAUGGUCCAUCCAAACCUAGUCGAUAGCAACGUUUAA